AUGGCGUAAAGCGUACCGUAAACGAGUUUCGUCACAUCGGUCGGGUAAUUUGUCUUCUUAAAAAGACUCAUACAAACGUGGCAGAUGUCAAUUUCAUAUAAAAGUCAUCAAUUAUAGAAGGUUGUUUCUGUGCUAUUGUAGAUUGUGGUAAGAGUAUGGCUAGGUUAUCUUCUCCAUCUGAAGGGCCAUACCUUCCCCAUGGCAUUGGAUCUAGAUUCUGCGACCUUCGACCUCUGGGAUAUGGCAGCGGUGGAACAGUCUUCUCCGCUGUGGACAGCGAGUGUGACAAGAGUGUGGCGAUCAAGCGCAUUUCGCUUGCUGACAAGAAAGGCUGCCGCUCGGCCCUGAGAGAAAUCCGCAUCCUCCGGAAGCUUCAGCACGAGAACAUCGUGAAGAUAUACGAUGUGAUAUUUGAUGGGAAUUCUGACAACCCUGAAGAUGAGGAUAUCAGCAUCCCAUCUGAGCUUAGAAUGCUCUGUAUUGUACAGGAGUUGGUUGAUGCAGACCUAAGGGUGGUGAUGGAACAUCAACGAAUCAGCAAUGAACAUGUUCGGCUGUUUGCAUAUCAGCUGUUAAGAGGGUUGAAGUAUCUACACAGUGCUAAUGUCUUGCAUAGGGAUCUCAAACCAGAGAAUGUCUUAAUCAAUCAGGAAGACUUGGUUCUCAAGAUCGGGGACUUUGGAAUGGCGAGAAUUGUCGACCCAGAUUAUUCACAUAAAGGCUACCUCACACAGAAUGUGUCCACCCAGUGGUACCGUUCACCAGAGCUGGUUCUCCAACCCACCGAUUACACCAAGGCCAUUGACCUCUGGUCUGCUGGAUGCAUCCUGGCAGAGAUGGUCACAGGCAAACCCUUAUUUCCCGGGGACCAUGAUCUGGAGCUGAUGAUGCUGAUCCUGGAUUCUGUACAGCUCAAUGACAGGGACCUGAAUGAAAUACUGUGCACCCUUCCAAGCAAACUGCUGAAAAAUUACAAUGGCUAUCCAAGACAUCCACUCAAAGAGAUGCUCUAUAACUUAGACUGUCAUGCUCUUGAUUUGCUGCUUGCCAUGUUAACCUUUGACCCAUCAGGGAGAAUCACAGCUGAGGAGGCUCUGAGAAGUCCAUACUUCAAAAUGUAUUCAUGCAUCAGGGACGAACCAAUAGCUACACAUCCUUUCCACAUUGAAAAUGAAAUAGAUGACCUGCCACCUAUUGUUAUUAAGAAAAUAAUUCUUGAGGAAUGCCAGGAGAGGACGUAUACCGAUGUGCCGUUUAGUGGUCAAACUGAGAAUGUUUGUGAUGAGAGGGAAGACUAUUCCAGUGGCAGUUCAGACCUACUGCAGUCUGACUCCAAUGGAGGUUUGGGUUCAAGCAGUGAUGAAGAAGUGAAGGAAGCAUGUAUAGACAAUGCAUUCUUGAAUAGGAUGGUUAGCGUGGGCAACAAUAGGAGUGACGGUAGUGAGAAGAAUGAGACAGAAGAGAGCGAGAAGUCUGAUGAUGAGGAGAAAGAGGCUAAAUGGGAGGAUUUCAAGGAAAUGAUGUCCAAGGAUCCAAACAAUCUGGAGGAUAGAGACGACCAGGAAGUAGACACCUAUGAAAAGGGUUCUGUUGAGUCAGAUAAUGAAGGUAGUGAAAAGUCAGAAGCAGAUGACCAGAUCAGAGAGAAGGGCAACAAUCAAGAUGAUGAAGAAAAGAGAGGGUCAAAGGAAGAUCUUCUGAUGGAGAAAUCAGAAGACUAUGACACAGGAGACAACAAUAAGAAAGAAGAAGAGAAAACAGAGGAAGGGGCUGUGUCCAAGACAGAAAGGAAAGAAAGUGUUGUAUUUAUGGAUUAUGAGGCUGUAGAGAAAGCCUUUGGGGAUAAGUUGCAGAAGGAGAAGCUGAAUGAACAGCUCUGCAACAGAGAAUACGAAGAUGGAAGUGUCAGGAAGAAGGAAACUGGUGAGAACAAAGAGGUAGAUUUAACUGACACUAAAGAUAUCUUGCUGGAACAGCAGAAGAGUAAAGGAAAGACACUGGAUGACUGUCUAGAGCUUGGCAUGUUGAGGCUGAGCGAAACUUCACCUACCCCAAAGAACAUAGAUGUGGUGCUGGACAAACAGCUCAAUGUCCUUGAUGAAUCCAAAGGCAACCAGGAAUUCAAUGACAAAAGUGAGUUUGUGGAACAAAUAAGAACAGACAACACAGCGGUGUGCAAUGAAAAGGUCAAUGAGCUUCAGAAAGUGCUAUGCAACACACAAACUGAGAAGAAGCAAAGUAGGCCAAGGAAGCCUGACCUCAAGGAGGUCCUCUAUGUGGACAUUCCUAAGGCAUCUGCUAGUAUUUCACCCAGGAGUUCCCCUAGGGGACAGGGUAAGGAGACAACACGGAGAAACAGUCUGUCUCCAAGAGAAAGGAGUGUUAGGCCAAAGAAACGAGAUUGGUAUUACUCUAAACAUUAACCUUUAUUUUGUGUGCUUUUUAUCUACAUUGAUUUUAUACUUUGAUAUGGACCAUUUUAUCAAAGAAUGUCAAUCAUCUCUCAUUCUCACUAUAAGUGACAUUAACUUCAACAUGGAUUAUGAAAAAACUCAUGGUGCUCCCAGGACAUGUCCAGUUGAAUUCCAGGUAAAAGUUGAAUUCUAUUCCAAAGUGGCUUGAGUAAACUCAGUAGAAAAUUCGUUUUAAGUAACAAAGAGAGGCUAUUCAAACUGAUUCAUAAAUGCCUGUUUGAAAUAAAAUACAAAAUCAAUAAUUCACAAUUUACGAAAUCCCUGUAAGGCCUAAUUUUUUUUUUUUCUUUCAACAAUACAAUAUACUGCCAAGUAAGAUGUGAAUCAUCAUCAUUAUUCUAUCAGCACAAACAUAGAGUCUUCUUUCUUUUUUUUACCAUGCUGUAUAUUUGAUGUCAAGAUGAAUGGCAUGCUAUACUGUUAUCCCUGAACAUAAUUUGUUAGCCUGAUUAGUUUGGUUUUAUUUCUCGAUAUUAGGGCCCACCCUUACGAAGAGAUGUCAUUGAUCUAAUCAAUACCAACCAUGGGAAAUUAGAUGUAGUAGCACCAUCAUGCUUGAUGCAGUAGUCCCUUCAAAAGUGCUCCUUCAAAAGUGUCAAACACUCAUGCAUGUAUCAUUGUUAUGACUGACCAGUAUAGUCCUCUGUCUACAUAGGGACAGUGGGGGCAUCCCCUUGAUAAAGAAUUAUUCCAUUGCUGGCUUUCCAUAUUGAUUGCUUAAGUAGAUAAUCACACCUCACAAAUCACAUGACCUAGAACAUGUGCAAUUCCACAUUAUUUACUGAUAAAAACUGAGUUAAGAUCAUGAUAUAACAUAUUUUAAAAUGAUUUCAUUUUAUGUUUAUUAAAAUGAUUGCAUAAAAUGGCAGCUCAAAUGUUUUUAUUUUUAUUUGACAAAUUUAAGUGUACUUGCUACUGAUGAAUACUUUGUCCAAUGUUGAUAUUUGUUGUAAGCUAUUGGCACGUCAGCUUAAUUUUUAGUCACACAAUGCUUUUUUAAUGAUAUAGAAAUUAAGAAUUGUGUUUUUUUUGGUGAGCACUUUGAAGUCCAUACAUUUCAAACAUUGUCUGCUGCCCUGAAAUUAUAGAUUUCAUUUUGAGUAUAUGUUUUUGUUUAUUUCUUGCCAUUUUCUUUCCCAAAUAAUGCCACUUCUCUAAUUUAUACAGUGAAGAGUUUGCUGUGUUGAUUCUCAUAAAUAAAGUGAACCCUGAUUUUUUGUAUCUUGGUUUAAUGAAGUGAAAUCCUAUUGGAUACAAAAACAUGACCAGAGACUUGUAGCUUGUUUUUUGAAUAGUUGUUCCCUUAAACAAAACUAAGUAUUGGAAAGCUUUUAAUGCAAAUUUAUAAAAUCAUUACAUUUUUAAAACUUUAACUCUUGAAUGAAAAUCUCACUCUUUGUCAUCCUUCUCUUUUUUUCCUCCUCCUCCUCCUCAUUACCCUCUUCCUCUCUUUUUCUUUCUUCUUGUCCUCCCAUCACUCCCCAUUUUCCUUUACCUUUUAAAUGCCCUUUGAACAAUGUUUCUAUUGUUUUUAAAGUCUAAUAUUUUAAACAGUAGUAGACUGUUAUGAAUUGUCUUCUUUGAAGUUUGUGAAGUAUCAUUCAUAGAUGAACUUUUUUUCUCUCUCUCUCUCUUCAGACACGUAGAUAUGCCCAUUCAACUCUUUCACAUGCUUGGGGAAAUUAAAUCUGUGAGGUAUUCGUGUGUAUCAUUCAUUGCCAAUAGAGACUUUGGCUUGAGUAUAUUUUCAAAAUGUGUCUGGUUGCACAUUAAAAAAGUAGAUGGUUUGCAUACUUGGAUUGCAUGUUAUUGCCUCUCAUGUUUGAUAGGUAUUUUGUCAUUAACAUUUGGUAUUGUUAUUGUUUUUGUUGCAUUUCAUUUAAUGCUUUGUUAUUUUUACUUAUCUUUGUGUGAAAUAAUUAUAGGAAUUGUGCCAUUCACCCAAAUACUGUGUGCAAUGUAGGUAUAAAUUUUGUGAUUUGUAUUCCAAUGUCACUUCCAGUGUUGAUAUUUUAUUCCCAUUGAUCAUUAUUUGGAAAGGAGAUGAAGUCAUGUGAUAGUAAUUUGUAUCUUAGACCCCUUUCAUAAACCCAAUUAUGCGGCUAAUAGCAGCAUAAUUUGGUCGUAAAAUUGGAGGAGGACAAGAGUUA